AUGAACGCUGGCUUCUCCCACGGCUUCAUGGAGCGGAGAGCCGGGCUCCUGAGCAGCAGCAGCCUGCAGUAUGGGAUGAUGCCCCCUGGUGGCCACCCCGAGCAUCGUCACCACUCCUCCCACCUCCACCCUGCGGGAGACCCGCUCACCCACGCCAUGCCCUUCCUCCUUUACCCCGCCAACGUGGACACGGGGCUGUAUGACGGUGCCUACAGGGGCGGCCCGCCCCUCUUCCCCUACCUGCCCUCCUUCCACGGGCACUUCGGGGUGUACGAGUGCCCCUUCGAGCCAGCGUUCAUCCAGAAACGGAACGAGCGGGAGAGGCAGAGGGUCAAGUGCGUCAACCAGGGCUACGCCAAGCUGCGGGACCACCUGCCAGGGGGGGCUGGUGACAAGCGGCUCAGCAAGGUGGAGACGCUACGGGCCGCCAUCCGCUACAUCAAGUACCUGCAGGGGCUGGUAGGGGAUUCUGCCUGCUCCAGCCCCAAAGCCACACCCCUGAGCCUGGAGGACUCAGGCCACAGCGACGGGGGAUCUCCCCGAUCCUCAUUGGAGUCCUCCUCUCCAGGACUCUACUGUGGGGAGUCAGAGAGCUCGGGGAGUUAG